AUGGACUGUUGCCAGAGCGAGCAGCAGAAAUCACUGUACGGGCAAAUGACGAUUUGUGUGAGCCCUGUUUCCCAGUGUUUGUCUUCUGCCCUGCUGUCCUGUCGCAUCAAGCUACCGAGCCUUAUGCUACCCCAGAGCGUGGCCCGGUAUCGGGUGAAAUCCUCGGACGCGAACCCUGCCAUCUCCCCGGAGCUUUAUGAUGAAGACAAGGCUAAGGGACGGCGGCCUGGCGGAGUCAUCGCCUCUUCCUCCGCAGCAAAGGGAAACAACGAACACCAGCAACCACCCUCUCCCUCUGCCCGGAUCUCAGUGCUGUUCCAGGACACCAACGGCGCUCAAUUCCUUUCCUUCCUUUCAGCCCUGCCCUUUGGGUGCCUCCGCCGACUGCACACGGUGUACCAGUCAGCGGAGCUGCCAGAAACACACCAGAUGCUGCGUCAGACGUGCCGGGACUUCGCAGAAAAGGAGCUGAUGCCUCUCGCAGCUCAGCUGGAUAAGGAGCACCGCUUCCCGGCCGAGCAGGUAAAGAAGAUGGGUGGCUUAGGGCUGCUGGCUAUGGAUGUGCCGGAGGAGUACAAAGGAGCGGGCCUCGACUACCUGGCCUAUUCCAUUGCUGUGGAGGAGAUCAGCAGGGGCUGCGCGUCCACGGGUGUCAUCAUCAGCGUCAAUAAUUCUCUGUAUUUAGGGCCAAUACUCAAGUUUGGCUCCGAAGAACAGAAGCACAAAUGGAUUGCUCCCUUCACCGGUGGAGAGAAAAUCGGAUGUUUUGCCCUUAGUGAACCAGGAAAUGGCAGUGACGCGGGUGCGGCGUCCACGGUGGCACGCCUGGAUGGCGACGAGUGGGUUCUGAAUGGCACCAAGGCCUGGAUCACCAACGCCUGGGACGCCUCGGCCACUGUGGUGUUUGCUACUACGGAUAAAUCCCUGAAGCACAAGGGCAUUAGCGCGUUCCUGGUUCCCAUGCCAACUGCUGGGCUGUCACUGGGGAAGAAAGAAGACAAGCUGGGAAUUCGAGCCUCUUCCACUGCCAACCUGAUAUUUGAGGACUGUCGGAUACCCAAGGCCAACCUACUGGGGCAGCUGGGAAUGGGCUUCAAAAUUGCCAUGCAAACUCUGGAUGCAGGAAGAAUUGGUAUUGCCUCACAGGCUCUGGGAAUAGCACAGGCAGCUCUGGACUGUGCUGUGGAUUAUGCUGAAAAGAGAAUGGCCUUUGGGUCGCCCAUCACAAAGCUACAGGCAGUGCAGUUUAAGCUAGCAGAUAUGGCUGUGGCGUUGGAGGGUGCGCGCUUGCUGACCUGGAGAGCCGCUAUGCUGAAAGACAAUGGGAAGCCCUUCACAAAGGAAGCGGCGAUGGCCAAACUGGCUGCAUCAGAAGCUGCAACAGCCAUUGCUCACCAGGCCAUCCAGAUCUUGGGCGGGAUGGGCUAUGUGACAGAGAUGCCAGCAGAACGCCAUUACCGUGACGCUCGUAUCACCGAGAUCUAUGAGGGGACCAGUGAGAUCCAAAGACUGGUGAUAGCAGGUCAAUUGCUGAAGGCCUACCGUAGCUGAAGCAGCUGACUAGAGCAAGACACUGCCCCAGAGUGCCUCGUGUAACAGUGCGCAACAGCAAUCGAGUCUUGGCCGUCUUCAAUGAGGCUAAUGAUGGAAGUUUUCCUCACCAAUGAGUAACUGACCCUCUUGUUAAAAUGUGCUGAUUCUUCUUUGGACAUAGUAUGGUGCACAGAAGGCCCUAUCUAGGUUUGUAAGUGAUGGCUGCGAGUGCAGGAGGGAGGAGGCAACCUGUCCUUGUAUGGGAGCGUAGACCUUUUCCUAAGCUGGAGCGUUGUGUUGGUUUGGUAGCGGCAAAAUGACUUUGCUGUUCAGUAAAGUCAGCAGCUCUCUCUGCCUGUUUUCCAAAAAUUAGUCACUGUGAUACUGAAUAACCAGUGCCAAAGUUAGAGGCACUCAGACAGGACCCCUGUGCCCUGCUCCAGGCUGGGGUUACACAGCCUCUUCUGAUCAGGCUUUGAUGAAUUUCAGGUGUGGCACACAGCUAUGUGGGAGCUCGUAAUUGGAUACAGCCUGUGUUGAGGUAAUCAUUGCAGCAGAGCACUCUUCCCUACUUUCAGCAGGAGAGGAGCCAGAUGGGAGGACACAGGUACUACCUACGCACCAAGGGGUCUUCGUACAGGCUGGGGUUGCUUCUAUGUAGGUGUAAAAACAGGUCAGGAAAAAACCCUUGGAUCUUGGCCAGCAGAGCCCAGGAGCCUGCUCACUCAGCCACUUAUGGAUGUAGGUGUAAAAGCAAAGGACAGAAAAGCUGCACUACCUGAGACUGUGGUUUUUUUAAGAAAAAAAAAAACAAACCAAAAAAACCUCUGCUCCCAAAGCUGCUUUUACUAUACCAACAACUACCCAACAGGAAAGGAAGUACAUGAAGUAGCAGCAACAGCCUUUAAUCUCUACAUGUUUUGGGCAACAAGGAGGAAAUUAACAGAUGACACAGAAAACCUUACCAGGAAGCUUUAGCAGUAGCACAUAUCCUCAAUCAGUUAUCUUUGGCAAAAAAUUAACUUUUAGAAGAUUCAACAGCCAAAAGAAAAGCUCUAAACUCAGGAAAAGAUGGAGACAAUUAAGACUACAGCCUUUAUGGUCCAUCUCGUUGUCCAAACGAUGAGUAAACUAGAGGUAAAUGGUUAUUUUCCUGUGGUGCCAUUUAUUUAAUUUGUGUGGAAGGAAAAACAGCAGGAUUCUAUUACAUACAGAGAGCAGAGAAGACAAAUAAAACCUAAUUUUAAGGAGCACCAGUCCCCACUUUGUUUUUUUCAUGCAAAUGUGAAUUCAUUUAGAGUAUUUUCUUCCAGUCACAAGACACAGGAGCAUAAACCGCCUGGGCUGGCACGCACCAGUUAGACACUGCUUUGAAGUGCAGCAGGCAUUUGCUAGUGCAGACAUCCCAGAAAUAUAAAUAAACCCUUUGCAGGUCGCUAGAGGGCAACUGCAUGUUGGGGCAAAGUCUUCAAGUCUUUAAUUUCUCCUUGCUGCUCUCGCAAACCUAAGGAUUAACAGAAACUGAGCCAAGCAGGGCAUUCAACAGGGAAUUUCUACUGGAAAACCAUUCUAAAGACUGUGAAUGUGUUGUAAAUUAUGGAGGUCUUCCAGGAGUGAGAGACACUUUUCUAGCUUGAUUUCAGCCCAUACCACUGCUUGGACGAUUGCUGAAGGCUCGUAUCUAUGAUUGUGUAGGAGAAAGUGAUAUUAUUUUAUACUUAUUUCUCCUUGCAGCCACUCAGCCAGAACAGGAGCUGUAGGGCUGCUUGCCACAAGGAAGUGAGGAUUGCAGGAAUGCAGUUACUGUUCAGUGCUUGUCUUCACUGACCUCAUGUGCUGAGGUCCAGCUGAAACCCCAGCGACCCAGAGCAGUCAGUCACACUUACUUAGACCAUGCCUGCUGCACUGUUUCCCCUCUUUUUAGCUGGCUGCUUCUCUUAGAGCUGCUUUACUGUACCAUCAGCGCUUUCAGACUGCUCCUCUUCAACAUCACGCCUCCUUCAUUUACCAACUCUAAAUGACUGCAGCUUCUCCAGAGCAGAGUGAAAUUGUCUCUGUACACGCAUCAUGGCUGACCUAAGGGGGAGAAUAGUGAUGAACACCUCAGCUGACUGAGAACACAACUGAAGAACCUACAAACUAGAUGUAUCAAAUCCCUUGUGGACCUUCUGCAGAGAAUAUGGGGGGCAGCUCUUGCAGAAGCCCUGCUGCUGCGCCUGUGACCAGAACCUGCUUUUAGGAAUGCAUGGAUCAUGCACUGCACGCCUCCUUAACAAGCUUCUUGCUAGCUCUGACCUCAGUACAACAGCUGACCUGGCUAACAAUUGCAUAUUUGAUGCUAAGUUGCUGAGUGCUGCACCUCUGCCAUAGUCUGUAUCAAAUUACACUGCACAUCAUCAAAUAACAAAAAGGGUGGAGCUGGUUAAAAAUCGCUGGUCUAGGUACAGCAUGCCAGUCAGGAUCCUGAGCCUAGGAAUAUCUUAAGCUACUCUAUUAGAAUUCCCUUUGUUAUUACCUAAAAACAUGCUUUAAAGGCACAAAGGCUUUCCAGUACCUUCCCUGCUGCAUAAGUCCAGUGAGGAAUCGGUAAGCUGUCACACAGCACUAUUCACAGCAGUUCUUUGGGGUAAACGGCAUGCUUAUGCACAAAGCCUACCCCAGAGCUCUGAGAGCAAAGAACUGGGUUUUCUCAGAGCAAGAUACUAAGAGCUUACUCCUCGCUGCUGCUGGCUGAGACAAUUUGGCUGUAAUACAUGUGCAUCUGCUCCUCGGGGCUGUUGUUACAGAAGAGAACUGCUGAAAGCGCAAAACACAAACAAGUUUUGCAGCAUUAAAUAGGGAGCUCUUGCCGAGAGCCACCCCCAGACAGCACUAAACUGGCUAGGUAUAGGGUAGGGCCAGGCUUUGAGAAAAGGAUCUAGUUACAAGUAAAGCGAGAAGUUUUUAUCAAUUUACAAACUCGGCCAACAUUGCAAAGUUGGAGCACUGAGAUGGGAAAAAUCGGGUCAUACCUAAAUAAGAAAGAUGUGGGGGAGGAGGUAAGCCACAGCUACAGUUUUCAAGGACAUUGUGUUUUCUACCCCACAAUGCUCUUAAGUGUACAUGAAACUGGUUACGAGGCAGACUACUGGGAAUGAAGCAGGGGGAGCCCUAACUAGCAGAUUUGAUAUAUUUUAUGUCAUAUCUAAAGCUCACAGUCUCUUCAUGUCAGUUGCCACCAGACUAAAGGAAGAGAGGAGCUGUUCUGGGCUGUCACAAUUAAAUACACACAGGUGAGAAAUACUUAACUCUUCCUGGGGCACAUGGAUGUGAGCC